AUGAUUACAGCACUUAUUAACAUCGCCUUCUGGGCGUCGACUUUCCUCACAUUGUUGAUCUUGCUGUUACCCUCUCAAUAUGGAGUUUCUAAGGGAUCAAAUAAGCAGACCGAGAAGAGUGGCCAGUCUACGGCAAGAGGGAAAGGCCCCUUUCAGGUCUUGGUGCUUGGCGAUAUUGGUCGCAGCCCGCGGAUGCAAUACCAUGCCCUGAGCAUUGCGAAGAGGGGAGGUCAGGUAGACAUCAUUGGUUACCAAGAAUCCGAUAUACAUCCGGACAUCACAGCGAACCCAAGAAUAUCCAUCGUACCCCUCUCCGCGCAUCCGUCCUUCUUGCAGACGAGUAAUAAAAUAUUGUUUCUGUUCUUCGGCCCGUUGAAGGUCGUCUUCCAACUCUGGUCACUCUGGAGAUGUCUGGCGUAUCGCACGGAACCAGCUAAAUGGUUACUUGUUCAGAAUCCUCCUUCAAUCCCUAGUCUUGCUGUGGCAUCUUUGGUGUGCUUCCUCCGAAAUACUGCCCUCGUGAUUGACUGGCACAACUUCGGCUACUCCAUCCUUGCUCUGAAGCUUGGCGACCAGCACCCACUUGUCAAGAUCUCUAAAUCGUAUGAGAUUAAGAUGUGUCGCUAUGCGACGGCCCAUCUGUGUGUGACAAACGCGAUGGCUCGCGACUUGAAACACAAGUUUUCCGUUAAGGCGCCUAUUCUACCUUUGCAUGAUCGCCCUGCAAGUCACUUGCAACCUAUCCGGGACGAUGCAAGACGGCUGGAGUUCCUGUUAUCAUUACAAGAGACUGCAGAAUUCAGGACUCUACUUGGUUCCGGGGACGCCCGGGUCCUUGUCAGCUCUACGUCCUGGACUGCAGAUGAAGACUUUUCCAUCCUCAUUGAAGCUCUAACGCGAUACUCAGAUCUCGCAGUUUCAGGUGACCGCAAGCUGCCCCAUAUCCUAGCUAUCAUCACCGGGAAAGGGCCCCAAAGAGAGAUGUACUUGGAAAGGAUUGCUAGUCUGAAGAAGGCUGGCAAGCUGCAACGAGUAGACAUCAAAUCUGCAUGGCUGAGUACUCAUGAUUAUGCGUCUCUUCUUGCCUCUGCGUCCUUGGGCGUCAGUCUGCAUACUAGCAGCAGCGGAGUUGAUCUGCCAAUGAAGGUAGUCGACAUGUUUGGCGCUGGACUUCCCGUGGUAGGAUGGGACAGGUUUGAGGCAUGGCCAGAACUAGUUACCGAAGGUGUGAAUGGUCGUGGUUUUGGAAGUGCGGAGGAACUAGUAGAGCAUUUGGUUGAUUUGUUCGGCAACCCUGCUAAGCUUGCGACUUUGCGCGAGGGCGCCCUUAAGGAAGGAUCCCGUCGGUGGGACGAUGAAUGGGAUCCUGUUGCCGGGAAGCUAUUUGGACUUGUAGAGAUGUAA